AAGAAGAUGAGGCCAUCCUGUGACUGACUGCAGUCGCGCAGUGAGAGCGUGAGGGAUUGGAGGAGGGGAAUCGCUCAGGAAGGGAGGGAGGGAUUGGAGGACAGAGUUGCGAGGCAAACCAGGAUCACAUGAGCAAGCACAGAUCUGUUUACAAACUGAAUGUGUGCGGCCAGGAAAGACGCAGGAGCCUUCCUGGAUAACCUCACUAGCACACUUCUUUAACCCCCAGAUGCUUGGGUUUUGGCUGGGAUAUUUGUUAAAUGAGCCGAGGGACGAUCGUUUUUUUCGGUCUACUUUUUUGAUGGAAGGAUUGAGAGAGCAGAUGGUUUUAGGUGGAGAGAAAAAAUACUCCCCCACACAAACAUAAACGCUUGAAAAUACUGCUCUCUUCAUUCUCCUAAAGGGCCUGCUCUUCGAUAAAGGAAUAACGUUAGCUAUACGUAAACAAACAAAACAACAAGGCGGCGACGGUCAAGGAAGAAUUGCUAGAGGGAUCGACAAGAGACCCAAAGGCAUGCCAAAGUCUUUAGCAAGAGGGUUUGAGGGAAGACAAAGACUGUAGAUGGAGUCUUGAAUCAGAUCGUAUGUUGUUGGUGUUCGCACUUCUGCGCGUAUGGAUGUGUUCAGUGCUCGCUAAACCGGAGGAUUUAUUUGUUAACUUUUGCGUGCGACAACACAAAGAAGAUCACAUCCGAAGUGUCAUUCGGCCACGUAUGGACUCGUUCUCAGACUAGAAGAAUAUCAAGGGCACAUUAAGCUCCCUUUGUCUCUGUGACAAAGCACCUUGUGCAUAUUCACAACAUCAGCAGAGGCAAAGAGUGAUUGAAAUCUUUUGUCCUUCGAUGCUGACAUCAUAUAAGUGAGAUGAAUGGAGGAAUAAUUCGACUAUAAUCAAGACCGCACACACCCUAUCAUUUUAAGAGCUGGUUCUCAGACAACGCAAAUCGUCGGGAACAAGUCCAGCUGAAAUCUGGUUUUCGGCUGCGUCCUCCAGCCCCCGCAUUGCCUGUUCCCAGACAAGCAGUGAGUUUGCAGCGGCUCUGCUCGGAGUCAGAUUACAUGCAACCAUUCCAAUGGUGUAACGGCUGCCUCUGUGGUUUAGGGCUGCAGCAUUCAGACUGUGAUAUGUCAGAGGAAGACAUCUACCGUCUGCCGCUCAACGUGUACGUCAUCGUACUGGGCAUAGGCAUGUUCAUCUUCAUGCUCAGUGUAAUCUUCUGCUGCUAUCUGUUCAGGUUGAAACAGCAAGGCACAAGGGAGCAGUACAGCUACAAUGAGGUGGUGUUGAAAGGCGCAGGAAAAAAGCUGAGCCUGCUCGGACAGCCCUGUGCCGUGUGUCUAGAGGAAUUCAAGACCAGAGACGAGCUGGGUGUGUGCCCGUGCUCACACACCUUCCAUAAGAAGUGCCUGCUGAAAUGGUUAGAGAUCCGCAGCGUCUGCCCGAUGUGCAAUAAACCCAUCAUGCGUGUCCAGAACGCCGAUGCCCCACGAGGAGCCGAGGUGCUGCAAGACCCAGAGGAGGUGUGACCCCAGAAACUGUGCGGCCCACGGCCAGAUUAACACCCUCCAGUUCGUUGGAACAAAUCACGUGACUCGCCAUGGCUCUACAAAGCCAUCUAUAUGCACCGCCACAGCGGACCUGGAGAUCGUGAGAAACCAGGACGACAACGUUCAGCCUCCACUAGUGAUUCAGUAGCCAAACAUAAGAAUAAUCUCCUAUAUAUCGUGCCACAAUAUUCUUUAAAUUAGUAAUGUGCCGAGGUUCUAAAGCGAGAGACACACCGUGCAUGCUGGGUAGCAGGCAUCAAAAUGAGAGGUAAAUGUCUCAGUUUGCCUCAGGGGAUCUAACUAGGAAACAAAAGAAAACAAUUAGACUUUAACUGCCGAUGAAGGGGCGUAUAUAUGUGACAGUAGGGUGUAGGUGUAGUGCACUGUCUGUUUGACUGGUACUACAGGUCUUCAAAAAGAGCCUAAGUAGUCCUUACAGAAAUAUUCAAUGUAUAAUCAGUAACCAGCAGUUCUUCUCUCCAUUUAUCGUGUUCACUGCUUGAAUUGUUCCUUUUUCUUGUCAUUUUGUAUUGUUUGUUUUUGAAUAAAACGUUUUUGUGGUUAACCUUC